CAUUUAUUAGAUAGGGUCGUUUGUCUCUCAUUUCAGUUGAACUGUGAAGUGGGCCUCAUAUAUGUAUAAUCUGAGAUUGAGAGCCUUAGGUGCAACUCAUUUUCUUCUUCAUUAUUCGGGUGCGUGGACGCCUGACAGACAGUGGCUCUAGUCUGUGCUCGGCUGCUCUGGCCUGCUGUGCUGGAGCUGUGAAAUCGCGCUGAUGGUCUGUCACAUUAUUUCUUGCUGACACCGUCUGAGCGCAGGAGCACCACGCCAAAAGAUCAGCUCAAAAACACUUCAUAACACACAGCUCCGGUGUUUUUAAUCUGUAAGUGUUUUCUGGCGUGGAAUUGGAGAGGAGGAAGCGAGAGAGGGGGAAUCAUAUAAGCCAAAAGGAAAUGCCAAUCGCCACUACUGGUCAUUCAGCGUCUCGAGAGCCCCGUGUCUGUUCCCCGGACCCCGUCCCCAAGCGUGCUGAUUUAUGCGAGGACACAGGGGCCCAGCCAACGGAAUACGGGGGUUUGGAGGGGGGCCACAGCCUCGGCAGCACUAGACUCUCUGGAGCACUUGAGAGCUCCUCUGCGGCGUCUCAUUCACCUCCCACUUCCCCUUUCCACCACCACCAUCAUCAUCACCCACAUCCAGUGACUAUGGAGCCCCCCAGGACUCGAUCACGCUCGCGGUCUGGAUUUUACCACGGUGGAUUAUCUAACUUGAACAGUAAUGCUGGGAGUGGUGGCGGUGCGCUAAGUCCAGCUGGAGGACUAAGCCAUCACUACCACCAACAGCAGUUCGGAGCUGCUCAUGGACACAUGGAACACCUGCGCCCGCCCGGGAACAUGCUUUCCCCAGGCGCCCACAGACACACAGGGCCUGGAAUGCACAGAAACUCCGGAGCAGGUGCAAUGGGAGGAGUAUACCACUAUCAUUCAGAGCAUGCGUGUGUCGACGCCACUGACAAGACGGAGGAUUCUCCUAGUCCGAAGAGACCGCGUCUUUCUCAGCAGUCUGUACUGGAGUUUACCUCUGCCCCUCCUUCCACACCCUCACCACCAAUCAGACCAUGGGAGCUUCUGCCCAGUCGCAGGCCACACCCCUAUCCCCACCCACACUACCACCCUGAACGCUGCCACACACCUGUACGGCACAGACGCAGUCCUCCAGUGCGGCGUCAGCGAGGCCGGCGAGAGCGUCUGUCACGGCACCAUCCCCCUCAUGGGUCCCCGGGUGGGGGACAGGAUGAAAACUAUCGCCACCCUACUCACCCACAUUCGCUUCAUCCCUACGGCCAGCCACCAUCCCACCCUCCACCCGGCCUUGAUGAGCCCCGGGCCUUUCACCCCCCAACGCUCUCGCCUCGGUUAUUGCACCCUCCGCAGCAGGGAGCCAUGGUGAUGGAUCUUCAUGAGCAGCUCCCUCAGGGUACAGUGCCGGUGUCAUAUACAGUUUCUCCAAUGCCGCCCCAUGGUCUACCUGCCCCCCUCUGUACGGGACAGCAUCUCCCAGCAUGCUCUUCUCAACAGCAGGUGCCCGCCUGUUCUGUGGUCUUCAGCGGACAGCAACACUAUCCAAUCUGUAGCAUACCGCCUCCUAUGUUGCCGGCAUGUUCAGUGCAGCAUUUGCCAGUGCCGUACGCCGCAUUUCCUUCUCUUCUCUCCAGUGAUCCACCCUUCCUGCUUCAUCCGCCUCAUCUAUCACAUCAUCCGCCCCACCUCCCCACGCCUGGACAGUUCUUACCUUUCCAGACGCAACAGUCUCGAUCUCCGCUGCAGAGGAUAGAGAAUGAGGUUGAGUUGUUGGGGGAACACCUGUCGGUAGGUGGAGGGUUUAACUAUCCUCAUUCGGGGCAUCCUAGUCCUCUGCCCCCUUCCACCCCACUGCAGUUCCUCUCCCAUGAACCCCUGCCCCAGGAGCUCUUUGGAGUGCCGUAUCCACACUUCAUGCCUCGGCGAAUCACAGGCAGACGUUACCGCUCUCAGCAGGCUGUACCUCCACCUCCUUACCACCCAAGUCUGCUGCCCUACUUCCUAUCUGUUCUUCCAGUCCAGCCAACAGCAGUGGGUCCCACCAUUAGCUUGGAGCUGGAUGUAGAUGAUGGAGAGGUUGAGAAUUAUGAGGCUCUGUUAAACCUUGCUGAGCGUCUUGGCGAAGCGAAGCCUAGAGGUUUGACAAAAGCCGAUAUCGAACAGCUGCCUUCCUACAGAUUCAACCCCAGCAACCAUCAGUCAGAGCAGACUUUGUGUGUGGUGUGCAUGUGUGAUUUUGAGUCUCGUCAGCUGUUGAGAGUACUGCCCUGUAAUCAUGAAUUCCAUGCCAAGUGUGUCGACAAAUGGCUCAAGGCUAACAGAACCUGUCCUAUUUGCCGAGCAGAUGCCUCUGAAGUCCAGCGGGAUUCCGAGUGACGCUGCUCACCGAACACACAUACAUA